ACGACAUUAAGAGCACAACUCCUGAUCAGUGCAGAUAUAAAGUUACAGAAUACAAACAGCACAAAAACAAGACCACAGCAAACAAACAUCCACGACACACAAACACAGGAAGCAAAGUCUCUGUAGGCGACAGGACAGUGAUGAUUCAUCAUGAGCUGCUCGUCAGGUUCAUGAGAACAUCCUUUGUUUCUGACCGGCUGUUCUGUGGCUCACAUUUCACACUUUUAUUAAAGAUGGAGACUGUACUGGAGUCAGACAGUGAGGAGCAAGUCAGAGGAGGAGAGACACGAGAGGAGGAGGAGGAGGAGGAGGAGGAGCCGAAGAAGCUGGAGGGAACUCUCCAUGUUUCAGCUCCUCAGGAGCUUCUUCUGAAGGUGGACCAGGCAGACGGGCUGUGUCCAGAGUCCUACAGAAUUAACUUCCCCGACGAGAGUCGACUGUUGGCCAUCGGCGACAACUUCCAGCGUCAGUAUUCACACUUGUAUCCCGACCGCAAACCGCUGCUGCUCUGCCCUGUCAACGAAUGUGGCGUUAAGAAGUUUGUGUCCAUGACGCUUCGGCCCACACCGACAGUGUUCCCUGAACUUCUCACCUGGGGGGGCUGUGCCUCCUUCGUGACUAACUUCCUGUCUCUGGACCCUUUGGAGCCGCCUGAAGGCCUGCCCAGGUAUUUGUUCUCCUCCAGCUCGGUUCUGCAGAGUCAGAGAGCCACAUGUUUUGAAUGUGCCACCCUGCUGUGCAGCCUGCUGCUCGGGGCCCACUACGACGUUUACUGUGUCAGCGGCUACGCUGUCAAAGAGAUGUGUCUGCUGGACCAGAGUCUGCAGGAGUGCCCCCUGCUGGACACUGAGGUCAAGAGUGUGAUCUCAGAGCAGGAGCCGCAGGAGAACAAAUACACAGUGAAACCUCUGAGGGAGCUGAAGAGUAACUUUGUGACGCAGCAGGAGAAGAAGAAACAGGAUGCAGAGGCUGCGAGGUUUCAGAAACACAAACUACAGGAGAGUGAGCAGCGACCUGCUGACCCCCUGCGAGGACUGCGGGUGCACUGUUGGGUGCUGGUGCUGUCAGGGAGUCGGAGCGUCCAGGAGAACUUCUUCAUCGACCCGCUGACCGGGAACAGCUACACCACUGACAAUGACAACUUCCUGGGCAUCGAGAGCGUGUGGAACAAUCUCAACUACUACGUCAACAUGCAGGACUGCAGGAACGGCUGCGCUGAUAUGGUGUAUGACCUGGAAGACUUAAAGAUAUGGGAGCCAGUCCUGUUCGGUGCAACCUACAAAAAGCAGCUGAUUCUUGAUGUGUUGAAGAAAAAGGAGAGUAAGCUGAUGAGCAAAAUCACCAAUGAUGUGGAGGAGGAGGAGCAGCCCCGAGCUUUUGAGAUGCCACGAUCCUGGGUCAGUGACAUCCCGAUCUCAAAACAAGACCUGGAGACCUGCUGGCCGGGAACACAGAAGGUGACCCAGUACAGAAAAGCAAAGCUGGAGAAGUUUGCACCGAACCUGAUGUCAGACGGGCUGAUCACACGACUGACUACAUACAAAGACCUGAACUGCACUGAUGUCGUCAUGGUGAAGGAGUGGUAUCAGCACAGAAACGACCACCUGGAGGAGAGGGAGGUCAACGAGGUCGACAGCUUCAUCACAGAAAGCUUCAAACGUGUACAACGUUUCCACCUUUUAUUUCACAGGUACACAUCCAAGAGCACAGACACGGAGCGUGAGAUGGAGUUCAGCAAUGUUGGUGUUGAAGAUCUGGUGCGGAGGGUGGAGUCACCAGGUGAAAUGACAGAGUUCUUCGAGGGCCGGAAGGACUUCCUCUGUUACCGGCACGCUGUCUUCGACACACAGCUUUCAAAACCAGAUUCCAACAUUAAUCUGGAUGACCGACCAGUUCAGAAAGUGGUGGAGCGUUUCCACAGGAACAGAUCCAAGCCGGCCAACGAAGACGUGGCCGAGCGAGUGUUCCUAUUGGCUCAAAGACGUAUCGAGUUGACCUAUCACUUAGAGGAUCACAGAUUCAUCCCUUCAAAGAGAAGCUUCAUCAAACCGCGAGAGUCAACAGAAAAUAAGAAGGCCGAGGACUUCACACAAGACAUGGUCUCCAGCUUCCAGGUGGAUCCAUCCGAGGAGCCUCUUAAAACUUUGGCUCUACAUGAGAUGCUGGUGGCCCUGAUGAAGGAUGAGGACAAGGUGCUUCUCCAGAUCAGGGAAUCUAAGAAAGAGGUGAGAGACAUCGUGGCCUGCAGAGAGCAGGAGGAGGGAGACAUUCAGCUUCACUUCUCCCCGUGGACGACAACCGGAGCUGCCAGGGCCCGCAGCCAGAGACAGGAAAUGGAGCGUCUGGAUGCGGAGGAGCAGCGGUGGCUGCAGGAGAAGGAGAAGGACAUCCUGGCUCCUCUCCUCAUUCGGCUGGACAACACAGAGACUCUGAGCGCCGAAGACGCCAAGCAGCUCCACCAGGACUGUUUGGCCGAGUUUAAACAGAGACUGGUGGAGCACGCCGACCUCAUUCAGGAACGCUAUGAAAAGGAGACACAGGAACUGCAGAGGAAACAGCAGUGGUACCACAAGAAGCAGCUCAACAUGACGGAGCAGCAGGAGGAAGAGUACCAGACCUACUGCUCUGAGAAAACACUACGAAUACAUGCCGCCAAGAAACACCUCAACAUGCACAAGGAAGCAGCUCCUCAAAAGUACCAAACUCUUGAUUGGAAGCUGAAACGAGACCCUCGACUGGCCCCUCACCUGCUCUGCUGAGUCACCUGAAUGUUAUACAUGUGCAUACUUUCCUCUAGAGAAGGAUUUAGAAAUCCUCCUUCGCACAUGCCCAUGUGUUCGGAGCACAACAUGCUGUGCAAAUAAACCUGCAGAAGCAACUUGAUCUGGUGCAGUCGAGCUACAAAGCACAUUAAAGAUAUUUCUAUUGGAGGACUGGAGUAAAUAUAUUAUCUCUAUUAUCUGUACCCCAGGGACAGUCUCAUAUCUGAGGCAGCUGCUGUAUGAAGAGCUCGACACAUUAUUUUAUAUUCCUUUCUUCUUUAUAUAUAUAUAAGAAUAGCAAUCAGAAAAUCUAAACGAAUCAAAUGCAACAACGUCAUGAAUUGAAUUCAGACAUUCAAUGCCUUCCAUUAUGGAUGUUUCCGAAUAGUGAGACAGGCAGCACACAUGUAUUUAUAAAUGUAUUUUAUUUCACUUCAAACAUUAAAAACUACUUGUAAAUAAAUAAAUGUUAAACAAAUGAUAGUUAAAAACAAAUUCACAGCAAUGUAUCGAUAUAAAAUAACUGACAGCUUCUUCAACAGGUCAGCGUGUUUAUUUCUCCUUAAACAUAAAACACUAUAAAUCAAUCUAAACAAGAACAAAUGAACAAAUAAAAUGAUUUAACGUUGGAAUAAUAUAUCUGUUUUUAAAAUGUAGAGCUGUACAGUUUUGUGCAGGUACAUUCUGCAAGGAAUGUGCAAAAGUUCACAGUAUAAAGAAUAAUAAAGUCUAAAUAUAUCAGAUUAUAACAUCUCGUAGGGUCGUGAAGCAUUCUUCAUUUAAAGGGGUAUAAGACACCACAU